UAAUUCAGUUAAACAUUGACAACCAAAAUGUCAGUAAGCCUCGAAGCAAAAAGUAAAAUUGGAUAUUCUUUUGGCUUUGGUGUCCAACAAGGGAUAUCCAGUCCAAAGCAUGCCUAUAAGUUUGGUGGAGUUCCUGGUACAGCGCCACAUAUUUACAAUCCUGUUAGAUCCAGCAAACCCAAGACCAACUUUAGAUUUACUCUAGAUGAAACCUCUACUGGAAAACUAACAACAAGACAGAGAGAAUUUUAUGAAGAGAACGGGUUCCUUGUUAUUCCAAACCUUAUCCCUGAUAACCUUAUUGAUGAAAGCCGUCAGCGAUUCCUUGACCUGGUAAACAGGAAGGUGGAUGCUGGAAGCAUUCUUCUCAUGAAGGACCUAUCUCUGAAGGACAAAAAAGGAUUACCCAACGAGAGAAUCUACAAUAAGAUUCAAGAUUUUGUUUGGGAUGAAGUUCUAUCAAAGUAUGUGUGUCUACCUGAGCUGCUAGAUUAUGUACAGUGCUUUACUGGAAAGGAUAUCCGUGCAGUACACUCAAUGUUGAUCAACAAGCCCCCAGAUGUAGGCACAAAGACCUCAAGACAUCCUCUUCAUCAGGAUUUGCAUUAUUUCCCCUUCCGCCCAGCUGACCGUAUUGUUGCUGCAUGGACUGCCAUGGAACACAUAGAUGACAAUAAUGGGUGUCUAGUAGUACAGCCUGGAACACAUAAGGGAGUUCUUGAACAGCAUGACUACCCUGACUGGGAGGCUGGAGUCAACAAAAUGUAUCAUGGUAUCCGAGGAGCAGAAAAUAAUCCCAGGGUUCACCUUCAUAUGGAGAAGGGAGACACAGUUUUCUUCCAUCCCUUAAUUAUUCAUGGAUCAGGAGCAAAUGUCUCCAACAACUUCAGGAAAGCCAUUAGCUGCCAUUACUCCACAAGUGAUAUUGAAUACAUUGAUGUCAAGGGAACAAGCCAAGAAAACAUUGCAAAAGAGGUCGAAGACAUUGCAGCAAGAAAGGGAGUUGUCAUGGAUUUUGUUGAUCUUUGGGAGUUUAGAUCCCGAGAUGUCCGAGGAAAGAAGGCUGAGUCUCAUCUUUAAAGAACUUCAAUCUUUCGGUUGAGCCAGCCCGCUUUAAUUGAACAAAUCCAUACUUUGCCAAAAUUGAAUCUCUUUUUGCUAUAUUGCUAUAUUUAAUUCUAUAUCAUUUAUAUUCAUGAAUAUUUAGCAUUUUACAUUAUCGUUAUCUCAAUAAACUAUAUUUAUCCAAAAGUAUA